UUCGCGCACGCGCACGCUGUUCCCUGAGAGCUGGCGCCGCGAGAGCGCGCUGGAUUGAGCGCGUGCGUGUCUCCGUGUGGCGUAGCGGCGCUCGCGCUACUACUCCCGAGUCACAACGAGCUGACGUCUCGCGAGCCGGAACAGCUAUCUUACAGGAGAAAAAGAAAAAGACAAAACGUCCAAGAAUUAUUCAAAAAAAUACCACGACAAGCGCGUCGCCGCCGAGACGAAGGGAUGGAGUUCCCUGUGGAUGUGCUGGAAGCCACGAGUCACGGGGAGCUAGAGCGCUCGGCUCGUAGCUACAUGAAUGAGCUGCUUUACACUGACCCUGACCACGCCCACUAUUUCACACUGCCCACUGGGAAGAAGGUUCAGAUCAGCCUGUCCAGUGUGGGCUUUGUUCCUCUGUAUGGAGCCAAUCUCCAGCACAAAGUCCUGGCUCUGUUCACCCCACAGGACCAGCUCACAGCUGUGGCUUUGUUUUUGGCCAAUCAGUGGUACUCUGUGGAAGAUAUCCUCAAAACAGCAAACUUCAGGCGAGAAGGCCUUGUCAAGGUGAGGUCCGUGGGUGAGAGAAUCGUCCUGUAUGUGUUGAACCGCAUUGUUUACCGCACUAAUGAGAUGGGAAGUGGAGAGAUGCCUUUCCUGUGCCACAGUGAAAACGACUACGCCAAAAUCCUCUGGAAGAAUGGCCAAGCUGUGGGCUUCUACUCAGUCAAACCAAAAGGUAGUGUUUGUAAUAACUCUUUGAGGCAGUGCUACUUCCUCCCUGUCAUGGACUCCAUAUUUGUGAGGAAGGCUCACAGGGGAAAAGGUUAUGGGCUGCAGAUGCUGGAGGAUUUUGUGGAUUCUUUUAAUGAGGAUGAACUUGGCCUGAAGUACCCUUUGACUCCAGCUAUGACAAAUGUGUGUAGGCAUUACCUGGACCGUUACCCGGCUGAUGUAGACCUGUUCUGGGAGGUGGAGGGCGUCGGUGGCCCCUACCAGAGGACCAGAGUGGCUUAUAAACUCAGCUCUAGACCACUGAAUGUAGAUACUCAUAAAGGUGGCCAUGGAGAGGAUAACGGGCAAAAUGGAGAUAUUGUGGAGGAAGAGGUGGAGGAAUCAGAGGGGACCUGUCUUAACAUCACCGAGGAAGUUAUUGUGGUCAACAAGCAUCAUAAAGUAACUGAAGAGAUAGACACACCAAUCUCCACACGCACCCGGAGCAGUGAGCACAGGCGGCGGAAACGUGUCCGAGACGAAGAGGAGGCAAAGGGGGUGGAUAGCCGGCCAGACAAAAUCAACAGGAUGGAGAUGGCAGAAGAGGAGAAGAAGGAAUUCGUCCCUGCUGAUGGUGUGGUAGUUGAAUCAGUUCCUGAGGCUCCUUCUGAGACACCAGUACCAACUGUGGAAGUGAACGGCAAGCAGGCUGAAAAUAAGGAUGAGGUGAAGGAGGGAGCAGAGGAGGAGGAUGAAUCCGCCAUCCAGAAUGGCACUGGCGGCGAGGAAGAAGAGGAGAUGGAGGUUGAGGAAGAGGCAGAGGAACACAAAGCUCCUGUACAAAAGGUUACUGUGGACACUUCAGAGGAGCCAGCUGCAGAGCAACCGGAAGCAGCUCCUGUAGCUGAGGAUAACCAAGAAAUGGAAGUAGAUCCUAUAGCUCAUGUUCAACAAAAAGAGGACGAUGCUCCUGCAGCUGGAGAGGAAAGGGUUGCUGAAAAUGAACAGAAACAAGAAGACACUCAAGUAGCUCCGGCAGCUGAGGAGAAACAGGAGGUAUUUCCUGCAGCUCAUGAGGAGCAAGAAGUAGCUCCUGCAGUUCAUGAGGAGCAAGACGUAGCUCCUGCAGCUGAGAAGAAACAAGAAGUAGCUCCUGCAGCUGAGAAGAAACAAGUAGCUCCUGCAGCUGAGGAGGAACAAGAAGUAGCUUCGGCAGCUAUAGAGAAAUGGGAAGUAGCUCUUGCAGCUGAGGAGAAACUGGAAGUAGCUCCUGAUCCUGAGGAGAAACUGGAAGUAGCUCCUGCAAAUGAGGAAGAAGAAGUAGUAGCUCCUGUGUCUGAAGAGGAACAGGAAGGAGCUUCUGCAACUGAAGAGGAACAGGUAGGAGCUCCUGUAGCUGAGGAAGAAAAAGUAGUAGAUCUUGCAGAUGAGGAGGAAAAGGAAGGAGCUCCUACAGCUAAGGAGAAACAAGAUGAAGCUGCUGUAGCUGUGGAGGAACAGGAACGUGCUCCUUCAGUUGAGGAGGAACAGGAAGUAGCUCCUGAAAUCGAGAAAAAUGAAGUAGAUCCUGCAGCUGAGGAAGAACAGGAAGUAGAUCCUCCCACUGAGGAAACAUCUUCACUUGCCACUGAUGCUGAGGGAGAACAAGGACAGGAGGAGGCUAUGGAUGUAGUGAAUGAUAUUGAUGAAGUGACUGACAUAUCUGAACAGUCUUCUAAGGAAGAGGAGAGACAGCCUUCUGAAGAGAAAGAAAACAACACACUCAUGGUGGAGGAAGAGGAGGCAGCUCAAAAGGAGGAUGAGAUGGAUGAAGAGGGAGAGGAAAAGAAUCUAAAUGAAACUUCAGAUUUUUCAAGGGUUCUUCGGGGAGCCAGAACCAAAGCGGUGCCUCGAAACUCCAAACGCACCUCCAAGAGACUGAGCAAGAUGACACUGGAGGACGAAGAGGAGGAACAGGGAGAAGCGAAAGUGGUUGAAGAAGACAGGGGAAUGAGCACAGAGGAAGAAAAGGUGACAACAGAGGAGGAGGCAGAGCACAGUUCAGAGGAGGAGGAGCAAGUACACGAUCCACCAGUGAUUGACAAGAGGGUGCUGAGGGGGAAAACCAAAGUGAUCAAGACCACGCAGCGAACCAGAUCCAAGCGACGUGGCAAGAUGUGAACACACACCACAUACACACUUGCUCACUGAAUCUCCCUUAACAUGCAUUUUACAAUGAACACACACUGAAAGGAUCCAAUACACAGAACAGCACAGAACAGCCACUAGUGAGGUUUAAAGCUCUUCUGUGUGUGUGUGCGUGUGUGCGUGCACAUGUGUAUGCAUGCGUACGUAUGUGUGUGUAUACACAGUGUAUAUAAACACACACAUACACAACUGAGCUUAAACCUGAUGUGCGGGGUUUUAUAGUGCUGGAUUUUUAUAUUGAGGUUCGGGGUUACGAUGAUUCACGGUCUUAUAACUGUUAAGAAAAGCUUUUUGUUAACUCACUUUUUAUUACUGAAACAGUAAAAAAAUAUUUUGUAUAAAUUAUUUCAGAUCUACCUGUCCUUCCUAUACAAAACAUUCAUUAUUAAACCCAAUUAAGCCAUUAUGAUUCAUUCUUUGUGCGACUGAUGCCUUGUUUCAGUACGUUUUUUUUUUUCUCUCCAGUACGCCCUCGUCGAGCUUCCCUCACCAUUUCGCCAAGGUUUGAGCUUUUACAGGCAGGAUUAUGUUAUAAUGAACAUUUAUAACCAUGAAAAUAUUAUGGCUUCAGUCAGAAUAACAUUGAUUUGCAGUGACGCUUCUGUCUAAGGGGAUGUCAUGUAGUAACGCAGCACUGCUUUUUCCAUUAAUUUGUCACCUGUAUACAUGAUUUUGUGACCUUUUUUCCUCCCAAUUAAAAGCCAAAGGAGAUUUUUGGAUUUGACUGUAAAUGAAAGUAUGAAGGAUUUACAAAAAUAAAUAUAGAUGUUACUUAAGUUUAUUGCUCAAAGGAUUGGGCAUUUCGCUUGAUACAGCCCGUGAGUCAGCUUUUUUACUUGAGGACUCGUGAACUGAAGAGAAAAUUAAAUCCCCUAUUGAUCACUCUAAUGUGACAAAUAUGUUGCAGUAGUGUCAUAUUAUCUUGUAUUUGUAUAUCAAUUGCCUUAAUGUUAUAAAAUAGUUCUUUUGCUGCAUCAUGUAACAAUAAAAACAAUUUUUUAACCCCUAUAUUAGUGAAAGUGCAGUUUAGGUCAUAUUUUAGCCUCUAUCUCUUUGUGAAUUUAUUUGUUUGUUCAUUUCUCUAACUUUACCAAAUGAGGGAGCUCUAAGGUUAAAAGGCGCGCACACACACACACACACACACACACACACACAGGAUUUUCCUACACACACCCCAAUGACAUAGUAGAAACUAUUCUCAGGUGUCACAGUGUGUUUGUCUGAACCUUGUGUUGGGUUUACUGUACCUCUCACCUGAUGAUAAGAUCUAUGAUGAUAAAUUUACUGCACUUCAGAUGGACUGUAUGCAUCUGAAACUCAGUUCACAUUUCCAAUACUGUACACAAGUAAACAUUUCAGCCCUGAUGCCCUUUUUAUCGUGAAUCUAUUUUUUUUUGUGAGAAUUUCUUCUAUUUUGCAAUUUGUUCCAAAUAUUACUGUACCAUGUUACUUUGUUCAAGCUGUGACUUUAUUUCUGUAGCGAAUAAAUCAUUAUCUUUAUAUA